AUGCCAAUUCGAAACCCCUUCACUCGGCGCCCACAAGCGGAUGAGGGCCUGCGCCCGUCCUUGACCAUCGACCCUCCGCUCAAGACGCCUCCGGGCUUCGAGCGUGUCGACACCGUCGGCUCCAAGGCCUCCUCGGCGGCAUUGAGCAUCAGCAGCCGCCGCUCCACUGACACUGGCGAGUACAAGAUGUCGGUGGUCAAUGACAGCGGCGUCUACCUGCCUCCCUCGCCCACCGAUGACAAGCCCUCAUGGCCGCGCCGCUACCUGUCGCGUAACUCGACAGACACCAGGAGCGACGUCGGCGAGAUAGAGCCCUUUGGCAUCUCAAGGGAGUCGUUCGACUCGUACCGUCGGUCUUUCGAUGUCUCCGCCCGGUCUCCCAUUCCGGUCAACGACCCCUUCCCAAGCCGACGGUCCAUGGACUCGGCGCGCUACCCGCGCACGCGCAUGCCCCGCCAGCGCCUCUUCGAGCGUGAGCCCCCAACGUCUGAAGAAGGCGAGGGCUUCGGCGAGGGUUUUGAGGAGGUGGGAUUGAACGAUGACUACAAGCCGCAGUCGCAACAGGCGCCGACUCAGCCAGCAAAGAAGCGAGGCUUCUUCUCCAAGUUCUCGGAUCACAACACACAGGAGAACCCUCACUCGCCAGUGGCGUCCCCCUCGCCGACCACGUCCAGAUUCUCCAUCUUGCCCGGUCGGAAGCGAGGCCAGAGUGGCCAGGGCGCUGAGCUCGGUCAAGUAGAGAGGCCCAGGACUGCCAACCGAGAUCGAGAAAUGACAGACAUGCAGCAGCCACUGGUGGCUGAAACGACGAGAGAAGCCUUCGCGGGCAACGACAUCAACACGUGA